AUGGCCGAGAGACUACGGGUGCUUCUCCAGCGUGCGCGGACAGUGAAACAGAGUACUUCGCUGGAGCCGCCACUUCCCGUCUCUGAGCUCGUCACAAAUACUGACCACAUACUUGGUUCGGUAGUUGGAGAUAAGGAGGUACAUAUGAACGCAAUAGAAACAGCGGCGAGGAAUGUUUUCUACAGCACACUUGCUUCAUGUCCAAUAGGGGAUCCCUCUUUUGUGGAUAUUUGGAAUCUACUCGACAUACUCCAGUACUGUGGCGACCGAGACUUAUGUCCUGCUCAGCUAGUUUUAUUGCUCAUAGAGGAGCUGUUUGACAGUCAACCAAUAUCUGGAUGCAGGAUUGUCUUUACCUACCUAGAGUCACGGAGAGAGGCCAUCAUUGCCAAUCCGUCCACCAACAAGGAUUUGGUCAUUUUGCGAUUCUCCAAUGAGCUCCUCCGUCGGCUUUCGCGUGCUGAGGAUCCCGUAUUCUGUGGUCGAGUGUACAUCUUUAUGUUCCAGAGUUUUCCACUGGGAGAUAAGAGCUCGGUGAAUUUACGAGGCAACUUCCACGUCGAGAACGUGACAACAUUCGAAGAUUACUUGAAAAGUACCGGAAGCGGAGAAGAAGGCACCGAGAUGGAGACUGAUAUUCCCGAGGAUGUCACAAACACUCGCGGCCCAGAAGUCACCGUGGUCCAACCAGAUGAACCGGAGCAUGCAUCGCCCACCAUGGACAUUGAUUCGCUCUACCCUGUGUUCUGGUCGCUGCAACACUGCUUUUCCAAUCCACCACGUCUGUUCGAGGAGAAGAAUUUCAGAGAAUUUCAGAAAGGUUUAGAAGCAACUCUAGCGAAGUUUAAGGAAGUCCCGAAAGUCAUACAAUCGGGAGAGUCUGAACGGAAGUCGGGGGCCAAGGCUGGAGCUGCAGACGACGAUGACGAUGUGGCAAGCACGUUCAACCCCAAAUACCUCACUAGCAGGGACUUGUUCAAACUAGAGCUGAGCGAUCUUGCCUUCCAACGGCACAUCCUUGUCCAGGCACUCAUUCUUAUCGAUUUCCUUUUGACUCUAACCGAGAAGGCGAAAAAGCAGCCAUACUACCAGAACGCUCAGAGGGCGAUGCUGUACGCCUUCACACUGCGUCAAGAGGAUACCGAGUGGGCGUUGGGCAUCAAGAACUCCAUCGCAAAUUACCUGCAGGACGGUCCAGAUGGGAACUACUACUAUCGAAUGGUGGAUACCGUGCUCUCCCGUGACAAAAACUGGGUACGAUGGAAGAUGGAUAACUGCUACCCUAUCACUCGUGACAGAAUCCCUACCAAGGAAUACUUGGGGGCAAUGUCGGGGACAGAAACUGAGCUCAGGAAGAAGGAUGUUAAGAUACCCGGUCCCAACCAGAGCUUCAAGUUUCUAUCAGAGAGUGAGGAAGGAAAAGGGGUCGCGAAGCUGAAGCAAGCGAAGAGAUGCGCAGCGCCAAGUAUAGAUUCAUAUGCAAAGAAGAUCCAGAUGGGUGAGCUGGAUCUGGAGAUGGUUUCAUCGGAGGAGGAGAAGCGCCAACUGGAGGAAAGGAAGACAAGCAACACAUGGCGAGGGCUUCGCAUGGCAUCCAAGCACCGAUUGAGCUCACUUGAUAGGUUGGAGCAGGGCAAAGGACUGGAGAAGCUGCUUCAGCCGGUCACGUCGAUGGAGGUGGCUGGCGAAGACACUGGGCCUACCGCUCCGGAAGGCAGGGAUUCGGUUCCGCAAGAACGGCAUCAAAGCGUCGAGGAGCAGCGGCCCGACCAACGGAGUCAAGUGACUGCGAACGAUGCGGCGGACUAG